AUGCCAGUAAAGGAUUGCCCCUUCAUAGCCUACAUGGUGAUGAUUAGUAAGGUGAACGUGAAAUCCAUGGAAGCCCGUAGCAAAGAAGAAGCAGGUACCAAAUGCCCCGUCGGCUAUAGUGAAGGUUGCGUUAUAGUACUCGUAGACCUGAACCCCAACCAGGUAACCGUAGCACCGGAGGAAAGCAAGAGAAUGGUGUUAAGCAAAGGGAGUUCCCACGGAUUGAUAGGUUCAAUACCUGCAGGAGGCCAAGCACAGCCUAGUUCAACAGUAGGUGCUAAUGCAGAAUCAAAGAAGGCCCAGAAUAUAGAGAAGAAGAAGCAGACUUCGGAAACAAUAAACAGAAUGAUCCCCAUAGUUAGGCCACUAGUUAGAGUAGUGAUCACUCCAAUGCUUAAUAAGAGUGGUCCGAUGGCUACCCCAUGGAAGCUCAUUACCCCUGAUAGAGUAGUAAUUAGAAGGGCCAAGGAGGCGCAUAAGGGCCAAGGCGAAGGUUGA